AGGACUUUGGAAUUCUAAGGACCCUAAACUUCACAGAUUAGACAAAAUGGCUCAAAGAGUUACUUUCAGAAGAAGAAACCCAUACAACACUAAGUCUAACCAAAUCAAGGUUGUCAAGACCCCAGGUGGUAAGUUAGUUGCACAGCACCUCAAGAAGAAGGCCACCAGACCAAAGUGUGGUGACUGUGGUGUUGCCCUCCCAGGUAUCGCCACCUUGAGACCAAGAGCUUACGCAUCCAUCUCCAAGACACAAAAGACUGUUUCUAGAGCAUACGGUGGCUCCAGAUGCGCCAACUGUGUCAAGGAAAGAAUCGUCAGAGCUUUCCUCAUUGAAGAACAAAAGGUUGUCAAGAAGGUCUUAAAGGAGGCUGCUGCCAAGGACAAGUCCAAGAAAUAAGUGUUUUACUAAGAUUUAUAUAUAUAAGAUAGUAA